AUGUUUAUGACUUGUGGCAAAAGCCACACGUGGAGACAGUCGGCGGGAGUUUCCGGCGGACCGGUCCGUAUGCAUAAUAUAAAGUACUCGGGUUUCUCUGCGCUCUGCCGUCCCAUAUCGAGGAGCGCAGACACGCAGACCCCCAUAUUCUUCAUUGCCGUGGUCGCCACUCCGGCCGGUCAUGUCGAGCUCCCCGCCGGCUCGUCCUUGUUGCGUUUGUUUCAAGUUUGGCCGACGUGAGUGAAGAGCUGCUGCCUUUGGAAUUUAGACUGACUUUUUGAGCUUAUACUUUAAUUCAGAUGAAGACGAGAAGGUCCAGAAGAACACUUUCACACGAUGGAUCAACUACCAUCUUGAAGAGGUCGGAGUUUAACAAUUGUCAAUACCAAGUUUCCUUGUCUCUUUGAACAGCUUUUCAAUCGAUGGCUUCUGACAAAUUCAUUUUGUUGUAUGUUUGGCUGGAAACAUCGGCAUAUUCACUUUCUCUUUUUACUUUUUUUUUCGAAUUUCUUUUUGUAAAUUUAUUAGGUUUUCGCAUCACCUCCUUAAAUCCUUGGAGUCCUUUCACUAUGUUGAAUUUUCAAACUUGAAGAUUAUGCUGCAACAUUUUAAAUUUUUGCUCUCGCGAACGUAGAAACUUUACUUGCAAAAAACUUCUACAGGGCCUUACAUUUUUGAGUUUCUCCUAAAAUCUUCUCAACUUUAUUCCAUCUGUUUAGAAAGUAUUUUUAUAAAGCUUGAACUGUCGAAGUUUACUUUUUAAUAAAAUUAAUACUAGAAGUUCUUAAAAUUUUGUCAUUAUCGGUAAUUAAACGGAAAAAUUGAAGGUUUUGAUAUUAAAUCAGCUCUGUCUGAGGCAGGAGUUUAAUUUUUUUGAAAUAUGCGCCCCCAAAAGUUUAUAAUCUUCAUUCUAUCCUUAAUUAUCUAUCUUGUUUUUGAUUAAAAAUAAAUUUGCUUGCAUUAAUAAGACGAUUUUCAGCAUAGUUCAUCUGGCCGAGUAGUGGAACUCUUUGAGGAUUUCCGCGACGGAGUUCUGCUAUGCCACCUGAUAGAAGUGCUGACCGGCGAGGCGCUGGUAGGUCCUUUGUCAUGAGAUAUAAUCUCCGAAAAAAAGCCGUUCCUUUCAUCAGCCUCAUUUGCGUGCACCAAACUAACUCUAGAUUCGGAAAAAGGAUUAUUAAUGUUGAAUGCAUUUGCAACGAAGAACCCAUUAUCAGAAGACUAAAUCAAAAUUUGAAGUUUUACCUUGAAAUUGUAAUAACUUCAAUUCCUCCAAUAAAAUCUAUUCAGGUUAAUUAUAAAUUAUUUGAACACUUUUUUCCAUUCCUAGUAGCCAUAAAAAGUAUUUUUUUUUACUUAUUUUAUCGUUCACAUUAUACCCUAGACUUGUCAAAAACUAAUAUGCGUGUUCAAAGAAAUUUCCGCGAAAUGCAAAAUUAUCUCUUACUCUCCAAAGUUUAGUUUUCUUUUUCUUUCUCUGACGGCUGUUUUGAAUUUCGCGAAAUCACUUUUAUCACGGCAACAGAUUCAUUUGCAAAAACUUUAUCUUCAACGGAUGUGUUUUCGAAAAUGAGUAUAAUUUCUAUAUCUCUUCUCAUUUUGAUAGCCCAAAAAUCCUAACUAUUCUCUCCAUUUUCAUAAAUUUGGAACCAUCAUUGGAAUAUAGCCGAGAGGCGUGGUCUGUCUGUGCUCUCCACCAACCAGGCACUCUCUCUUUCGUUAUCGUUUCAUGACCCUUUUUCCGUGGCAACUGUAAAUCAGCUAUAGAGGAGAAAUUCAAUUUUUGGAAAACUACGGAUUCAACGAAAGCCAUGAAGCUACCCUUUUAACUAAAGUUUUGUGUAGACUGCUGCAUAAAAAGUCAUUUUUGCAACAUCGAAACCGUUAUCAAAGAUAUAAAUCGCAUGAUAACCAACUGGUCUCAUAAUCUGACCAAGUUGAACGUACUUCAUAUCACUAAAUCUUUAUAUAAUUCCACCAAGUUUAAAAAAUAAACACUAAAAAGGUUAAAACUCAGUUUUGAUUUUGUUAUCAAAAUGAGUCAAAACCAAUUAUGCAUCGAUUUUCAAAUAAAGUGAAUGCCGAAAAUAGCAUUUUGAAGUUUUUUUAGGCUUUUCGUUGACUUUGAGGUGUCCUUUCUCAAAAACUAAAAAAUUGUACGAGUUUUGACUCCCGGGAUCUUCAUCUGGUACAUCAAGGAGAGUUUGAACAGUUUUCGGAAAAUUCCCAAUUGCAAAGUAAAAUGAUCUUCUUUGUUACGAUAGGAAGAGUUUUUGGAGGAUUUCAUUUGCGAGAGCCACUGAAAGUCUUGCAGGCAGUACACAAAGGACGCGUCUCGAAACGUGUGCACCACAUCGCCAACUUGACGACGGCGUUGACGGUUCUUCGUCGACGAGGCCUCGAGCUCAUCAACAACAACGCGGCGGACAUCGCCGACGGCAAUCCUCGGAUUAUUCUCGGCCUUGUCUGGCAGAUUAUCCUUCACUUCCAGGUUGGUCAUCCACUGCACUAUUAUUUUGUAAGCUGAUAUGAACGAAUGUUCGAAGAUCUGAACUUACAAGUUGGAUAGUUUUGCUUCUCCAAAAGCUAAUAGUUCAUUUUUUUUUUUGGCUUGAAACGAAAUUAGGUUAAAUGUAUGCGUGUUCCUAACGUGUGUGCAGGUCACGUUAAACAGAUUUUUUUUUCAAAUUUCUUCCUAGACUUCAAAACGCAACGCGACCUGCUUUCAAACGCACAUUACAAGAAGCGCUUUGGGGUUUCAAUCUGAGAAAAAUUGAGUUUUCUGAAAAAUUCGAAUAUUUAUUUAAACCGUUGGAUUGAAGACUAGACGUACCGUUAACCAGUUAAAGAAAAUAGAGAUUUUUUAAUUUACGGAAACCCCUAUUUUAGAUAGAUUUGUGAUACUUAUACCAUUUUUAUACGAUUUUUGUUAGUCUAGGUUUUUUUUCCUAUAUAUUAGUUCUUAUCACUCGAAUGUUUUUCUUGCACUCCUCUGGUUGUUCCAUGAACCGGCGCGUUGAUUUAUGAGUUUAGUUGAUAAGUUUUUGCAUCUGAAAAUACUUCACAAUAUCAUUUUCGUCCACGCCAACCUCAUAAAUCACAGACGGCCUUCACACUAUCGAAAACGGUCACCGACAAAUCUCGUAGUUUCCUCUUGCUUCUUUCAUUGAAACAAUCGAAAGUUUUGAAAGCACGGGGGGUUUUUUUGAAACUUCAAGGGUCCAGAACUUGGUCAAUUUGUCAGAAAAAGAGAAUCAAUUAUAAUGCGUGGCACGUUUUUACAAAUUCGUUCAGAAAAAAAUAAUUAAUAGGAGUUUGUAUUAAAAAGUUUACUAAACCCUAAAGGGGUCCCUAAUGCUUGCAAAAUUAGCCCCUAUAGGAUUCUUAGUUAGUAGCGCUUAUAGGGAGCAUGCUAGUCAAUAAUUGUUAUGAUUUCUAUGCGAAGAAGCAUUCCGUCGGAAAAAAAAACUGAAUAAAUAAGCGUUUUUUGAAUGAAAUUGAAAGACCCCUAUAGGGUCCACCUGAGCUUUAGGGGCUAAGGGGUCUGACGCUAACCUCUAUAGGGACUACCUUGAUUUUAACUCUCUAGGGACCACUUUUUCGGCCCCUAUAGAAGUUUUUUUUCCUCUCUAACCCCUAUAGGGACCACUCUGGAAUUCUUAAGUAUGUUCUAGUUAAACAGAUCAGUGAAAGAGAUGUUUCUUUUUUUUUUUCUCGAAAACUUAUUUUUUACAACGAUAAAAUCAUCCACUAAACUUUUUUUUGUGUAAUUAUUAUCUUGUGUUUUUAGAUCGAGACGAAUCUUCUGCUUCUACGAGAAUGGGGAUGGACGACAAGUGCGACUCUCCAGACCCCGUCGACCUCAGAGGACCCAAAGACGCCGUCGCAAGUGAGUAGCGGCUCAGGAUCCGUCGGCUCGUUGGGAAAGAGCUCCUCCUCGCCUCUUCGCAGCCGCAUCGCGUCUUUCCUUACCCCCACGAAAAGGUCUACGCCUAAGCCGCCCCUCCACACGGUUAAGUCGAGUGUCGAGCAAGUCUUCUUGCACUGGAUCAACUCCGAGAUUUCAGGGUGAGAUCCGAUGUCGAAGGCUAGAGAGAAAUGGUUUUUCAGACUGGUUCACGGACAGAAGAUCGACAACAUGGACAAGCAAUGGCGCGACGGAGUUCUGUUCUGUGCUCUGGUCGCCCGCUGGAGGCCCGACCUCAUCGACAUGGAAAAAGUGUUCGAGUCGAACCCCAAGGACAACCUCGAACUUGCUUUCUCGACUGCCGAAAAGCAUCUGCACAUCAGGCGGCUUCUUGAGGUGUGUCCUUAUUGCCAUCACUUCCUGGGAAGAAGAAAUUUUGACAAGAAGUCAAAAAUUCAUCAAUGGUAGUUUCAAACGUAAUACACCAACUUCUAAAAGGUAAUUAAUGAAAGCGUAUCAUUCUGCAGUGCAGAUCAGGUUUCGCGCACCUUCUAUGAACUUAUUUCAAAAAAACGUUUCAGUGUGUCUUCUUUUGCAGUCAUUUUAUCUAUUCUUAAGCAAUAAAAAAAGUAAAUAGAAGAGUCACGUUUUAUCUUAUUUACUUUUUUUAAUAGCUUCAAAGGGAGAUAGGAGGCUGUUCCUUAGGUAUUCUAAACUUUCAAGAAAGUCGUAUCGAUCAUUAACAUUCGAAAAAAACUUCCAGGCGUUACGGAUGACAGUUAUCAAAGUAUGAAAAAAAUUUGUUGAUUCGGUUGAAGGAAAAAAGAUUUUAAAAAAAGUCCAAGAACACUUCUCAUCCACCCAGUGACUUCCGUGUUUUUUUAAACUUUAAUGAACGCACUGAACUUGAGACAAAGAUAGCUCUUGAAAUAGAAUCUGAAUUUCGGUGCUUUAACUGGGACGAUUUGAGGUGGAAGAAGUUAUGACGGAAAAGCCGGACAGGAGAUCUGUCAUCACCUACGUUUCCCAGUUCAUUCGCAUGUUCGGAGAGCGGAGUCCGAUGCAGGGCCGCGAGCAACACGUUCACUUCCUGGAAUGGCUCGAAUCAACUCACGUGCAGAACUUCCGCGAACUUAGUUUUCAGGUUAAUCAGUUUCCACACUUCAUAUACCCUCUUCUUGUUAGAAAAAAUCUUUUUUUUAUUCAUCACAGUUUUUUUCCGGAUAGAAAAAACUCGUUAUGAUACGAUUGUUUAACAGGCUUGCUCGAGAAUUCGGAGAGAGUUCAUCGAGCAUCGAACCCUUUUCAACACGAUCAUGGCGACCAAAAUGGAUUACACGCUGGAGGAACUCGUCGAGAUGGAGAAGAAGUACGACUAGAAAAUAUCGUCUUGCGAACUUGAUCUUUUCCAGGUGGGAUCAGAUCCGCGAGGAGCUGCAAAAGCACCAGAAGCGUGAAGAAAGAGAGCUGCCUGAGCCGUUCGAAGGGAUUUCGUCGUGGAUCGCGCAGGGCGAGAAGUUGCUGGCCAUUCCGUUGCAAUUCGAAUCCGUCAGUACCCGCGACGUCGUCAUUUCACUCCAGAAGAUGAUUGCUGAGUUGACUGUCAGUUUUUUUUUCUUUUUUCAAGCCUUUUUUCAUCAGUUUGCUAAAUUUUUUCUACCAACUGAAAAAAAUUCUCGUUUCAGAAGUACAUCCGCGAUUUGCCCAUGAAAAAGGAAGAGCUGGAGGAGGCUAGCGUGAGAGGAGGUCUCGGCGGCCGACGCGUCGCCCCGGAGUUCAGCGAGCCGUUGCGCACACGGAUGGCGGACCUCGAAGAGGAGCACGAGCCUCGUCUUGGCUCCCUCAAGGUGCUGCUCUCCUACUACUUGCUUCUCGCUUAUCUGCAAGACAUCGAGGAGAAAAUCGUCCUCUGGAGGUAAGGUGUCCACCGAUCUGCCUUCACCAAGGUAUUCUGCAGGACGGCCGAUAGCUUGACUCUGCUCCUCCGGUGGACGAAGGAGUAUGCGCAGCUGCUGGCCGAGAAUCCGCGAGCUCACUGUGCCCAGUACAUUAACAACCUGCGAGACGCCCUCGCGACUCCCCAUGGUUUUUUUUUUCAAGUGGAAUAGAUUAUCAGAAAAAUAGGUUUGGAAGUAGAGAAAUGCAUUUUUGCCGUGGAUUUUCUCAUAUUAGUUAAGUUUCAUCUGAAAAAAAGAAGAUGAAUUGAAGUCUUCAGAAAGAUUUUUUUUUGUUAAUUACCGUAAUGAUUGAUUUUUUGAAAAAAAAUUGUGAAUUUUUCAUUCAAUCAUAUUUUCCUGUUGAUAGUUACCAAUGAACGGAGUCUUUAAAAGAUGCAAAAAAAUUUAUUAAAUUCCACUUUUUUUUUCGAAAAAAAUCCGAAUAAAAAGUUUUUCCAUUAUAAAUUAUAAUGUUGUCUCGUAUUUUUGAAUUUAAUUCUGAAAAAAAUAUUUUUACAGACUCGAAAAAUUGAUAGGAACGCUUUUACUGAAGACGAGCCAAGAAAAACUCUGAAAAAAACUCUGACGAGUCUGACCGAGCUGAGACAGGAGCUGCACCUGCUGAAAGCCGAGUGGAGCGAUUGGGAGCUGCAAAUCUCCCAACUGGAAGAGACCAUCGAGCAGCACUUCCUCCAUGGAACUGUCAUUACCAAUGGUUCGCUCCUUGUCCCAACAAAAAUGAAAACUCAAUUAGUUCUGCGCUUUUCCGAACUUUUAAUAGCUCUUACAAGAAUUGAUCGUACUUUUGAUAGUAAUCUCCUUUUUAAAAAUUUUCAAGGUUGAGAUUAUUGAAAAGUCUGUGAAUUAAACAAAAAGGUGCUGGUUGAAAUACACCUUUCGAAAAAAAAAGAUGAUGAACGUUAUUAUUGAUAAUGAAGAGCGAAAAAUUGCAGACGAACACGCUGCUCUGACGGCUGUCGAGGCUUCGUCGGAUCAACUUUCGCCGAAGCUGAGCGCCGCCGCGCGACUCGCCAACAACCAGAGACUCGAAGUCCUUCGUGGUCAAAUCCGACGUCUAGACAAGGUUCACACCAUUACUUUUUCUAGAAAAGAACUGUAGUUAAAGGAGGGAAAAUGAGAUACACACAAGAUUGGAAGAAACAUUUUUCAGCUCCUUUCGAUAGCUAUAAUUGACUUGAAAUUAAGAAGCACGCUUAUAAAAAUAAUUGUUGGACAUCUGCAAAAACACUCAAGAUUUAUAAUGAAGAAAAAAAAAGAAGAAACUUCUUCCAACUAGGAAAAGACACCCCCUUUCGGUUGAAUUUUCGAUAAAAACUUCGCUAAAGUGUUUUAGGACCUCCUGAACACCUGUGCAAAACAAGAAAAAAUUCUCGUUUUCGAGUUUUGGAGCUUUAAAGUCGGCAAAUAAUCAUUACAAAAAGGUCGUUCCUAGUAAGAGUGAAUCGCGAAAAAAACAGUAAUAAGCCCCUCCACCAUGAUAGGUUUCUUGAAAAAAAUGAUUCCGGCUUCUGUCAAAAAUUGCAGAUUUAUUCUCGAAAAAUUUUUCAUUCUAAUUACAGGGAAAUUUAUAUGGAAAAGCUGAAAACGAAACGAUUCUAAAAAGCCUCAUUAUAUUUUCACAGUUUUCAUGCUUAAUAUUUUGGAAAAGUGAACUCUGCUUGAAAAUAUGACGUUUGAAAGUUUGGGAACAGCUCAGGUAGGGAAAAUUUUGAUCAGAAGGAUGUUUUGAAGAGGAAGCUGGGAGGUCGACUUGUGGUCGAGCUCCAGCCGACGACGUCAGCCCAAAUAACCGUCACGGGUAGCCGAGAAGCGGCAGAUGAAGUCCUCAAGCUGGAGGUUCGGCUGUUCUGAUGCUCGAAAAUAUUUCAUGUCCUUCAGAUGAAAUUGCGCGAUCGGAUCCAGAGAGGGGCUGACCAAGUCGAAAUUUCCGAGUUGAAAGAAAGAGUCAAGAUUUUCAAGCACAUCCAAAAACAGUUUGUGGCCCUCGAACUCCAUCAUGAGAAAUGGGUUGAGAUUUCCCAGCAGAAAAUCGUGAGUUUCUUUUGGGGUUGUUUUGUGGAAGUUGGGGUAGGCUCCAAGCUAUUAUAAAUUUUGAAUUAAAUUUAUUGAAUUUUUUUUUAAUGAUAAAUUUUAAUAAGAUUAUCUACUUCUUUUUUUUCCCUUUAACCACCUUGAAAUAGUCUCAAUUUGCUAUUAAUUCAGAACAGUAGGAAAAAAAAAGUAUCACAACCUGAAAAUUUACUCAAACUGACUUCGUAACAGAUUUUUUGAGAAAAUAUGGUUAGUGGACGGAAUAACUGAAGAAAGAUGAUUGAAAAAAGUUGCUGUAAAGGAACUUAGUUCUUAGUAGAAGUUAGCACGUAAGAUUUACCAGCAUGCGGCUUAAAGUUUUCGGUUUGUUAAUGGUUUGAAUUUAAACGGGGACGCAGUAACACCGACUGAAAAUUUUUUUUGGGAAAAUGCGAUAUUUUUAAUCUCUUUGCAUGUCCGAAUAACUUAUUUAUAUCCUUCUAAUGAGGAACAAUCUCAGGAAAAUCAAGAAGUUGGAGCUCUCCGCUCGAAAAUGGCCACCUUAGUGCAAGAUCUGCAAGCUGGUAAAUAUGUCAGUUUCGUAGACGUCUCGAGUUAUGUUUUCGAUUUGGAAGAAACUCAAGAGGUAGGACGUGUACUAGCUUGAAAACAACCAGCAUACGUUUUCACAGGACUUUGGCGGUCAGCUCAAUGAAGAUUUCGUUCGAGAAGUGAUUCAACGCAAGGAAAUGGUUUUGCAACGGCGCGAAGAAAACGAAGAUGAUAUCCGCGAGUCGAUACGCGACAUGGAAGAAUUGGACCGGAUAAUAGAAGGCUGGAAGAGCGAGGAACUGUCUCGACUCCAGGCCCGAUGGAACGUCAAGCUCUCCGAGUUUGAGGGAUGGCACGAGAUGAUGCUCCGCGUCAAGCAGAUCCGGCAGCACAUUCUCCAGCAUGAGACGAUCGACGUCAGGCUGCUGGCCGAAGUCGGCGACCUCCGGCAACGCUCCUAUGAGAUCCGAAACACGAACCUUGGCCAUCCGCUGCGCGUCGCCAUCCGCGAGCUCUUGCACACCUUCGAGCUCAUCAUCGUCACUCGGCUCGAAAACCUCAAAUUCAGCGUCGAGGAUGACGUACCUCACGCACAACGAGUCAUAAAGGUGAGACAGCGGAAAUAUUUCUGAUAGUUUUUGGAAGCUGGUUAGUAUAGAUAACACUUUCUUUUAAAGCAGAAAAUCAAAAAAAAUCUUAAAAAUGAAACAAAAACCAAAGUUUUUUUUAAGGACUAUUUUGUUCCAUCAUAUAAAAAAAUCUUUGAAAUAUGAUCCAUCAGAUUAAAAAAAUGCUAAAUAAGGAUAUUGAAACAAUCUGAAAAAUAAAUAUCGUUUGCGCUGCCUAGUCCGGUCGACCGUACCGGCAGUCGUAAAAUAGUUCCCAAGAACAACAAGACAGGGCCAAACAGGCGUUACUGUUGAGAACAGCCGAGUUGUGGCAUUUCGGUUACACACUGAGGCCGCAAACACGCCGCCCAUUCCUUCUGCCGGCCGCCUCUGGUCCCGCCCUUCUCCCACGGGCAACCGGCUGAACACUGCCGUUUUGUCCUUUCCGCCCGUUCCCGUUGAUAUCGCCGCAGUUCAUCAUUGUUAUCAAUCUGUCACGUUUUGCCCUUUCAGAGUCCAUGACAAGAAAUAUUUGUUUACAGCGCAUUUUUCAUUCUCUCUCUCGCAAAAAAAGUUUUUUUCGGUUUAGUUCUCAUGCAUUCAAAUCUCUACAUUCAAAGUGCUCAACUUUUUUUUUUCCGAAAAGAAGCGUGUCUUGGAACGCAUUUCCUGUGAACUUGAAGGGAUCUACUGAUUUUGAGCAACAAUUCAAAAAACAGAGUAUCGAGAUUUUAAUAUAAACUCUCAGUGGAAGAUAUCAAGCUGAUUUGAUUACAGGAGGUUGGCGCGGAGUUGGUAAAUUUGCUGCCGCAGUUAAGCGAGCGAAUCGAAACUACUGAGAAGGCGCUUGAGGCCAAAAUGGAACUCUUCAAGCGGCUUCAGAACUUUUACGACGCAGUCAAGUAUCUGCGAAGCCAGAAUCAGUCGUGGUCGGCGAUCACCGUCGCGCAGGUCUGUUAUUCUUCUUUCGAGGGUUCCAUCUUCUAUUCCAAAAUAAGUACCUUUUCACUUUAUUCACUAGAUUCUAAUUGUGAACGGAAGGUCAGGGAUUUUUCCCAUUUUUACUUUCUUUUUAUUAGCGAAAACCUGUUGUUGAUACAAUAAACAGGUUUUUUGAAACUAUCGCAAUCUUUUGAGCAUAUCAGCGCUCUUAUGGUCGUUUUAUGACCUCUCAGUUUUGCAACACCCCAAAGAGUAGCGAUUUUUGUUUUUGUGUAAGGGAGAGAGAAUUCGCCAAAAAAUGUUCUCAAAUCGAGUUGAUUUGAAAAAGUUGAGUGUUUUCUUAUUGGUUGGGCAUAAUAAGUAAGGAAAAAAAGGACAAACUUUUUUUAAAAAAAUAAAUUGGUAAUUUAUAAUAUGAAAGUGAUAGGAUGUUUUUUUCUCAUGCUGUUAGAGCUCCGAAAAACUUGAAAAAAAGUCUUCUUUGUGUUCUCUCCAAGGUUUAAAAAAAUUGCUGAGCCACUUACACAAAGCUAACUACAUGAUGAACUCAACACCCGGCUGCUCGUUUCAAAGCGCGUGCGGGUCGAAAAUCGGCGCCGAUCAAUCGAUAGGACCUCUCAGCGCGUUGCAAAAAAUGCGUGGCGAAAAGGCACCUGAAGGCCGACAUCGACCCUAAAUGUAGAAUGAAUGACAUGUCAUGCACUCCGAUUUUCAGCCUCUACCCGUUAAAAUUUAUGCCUGUGACGGGCUAGGUCGAAAAUAACUUCAAUUACCUAUCUUCAUGGGCUCGUGCCCCGAUAAUUUUCUAUCGAACAGCAGAAAAUGUUCCAAAAAAUUUUUCAAGUAAGAUGAUCUUGGACCAAAUUUUCAUUCACAGAAAGUCUAUUAACCGUUUUUUUAAACUUCGCUGGAGCUAUCUCACUUUUCAAAGCCUCAAAAUCAUAUUUUAAGGUUCAUAGGUCAAAGAAAAUAGAAGCAGAAACGGUGAAAUUUACGUUAAUCUUACCCCGUCUCAAACUGUAAUGACUCCGCUACCUGACCUGAUUUUAUCUAAGUUUUACGAAGAAAAAAAAGAAGAACUUAAUUGUGAAUUCAACCGAACGCAAAACCUAAGAAUCUUAUUGAAACGUUUAAAAACUUAACUGUUCCACAGAGAAGAGUUUUAAUUUUUUCGGAACAUGUAUAUCGACUUUUCGUCACUCGAUUUUGAAAUGACGGCAAAUCAAAUCGGUAAUGGUGAGUGGAGAGGCACUCAAUCUUCCUCUGUCAGGCCGCCGGCAAUCUCUCGUCUUUAUCAAUUUGCCCUUGAUAGAACACUGACAAGAAAACAAACGAACAGAACUUUCCGAAAGCUUUGCGGCGUAAAAAAAAAACCGAGAGGAGGCAAACAAGCGGUGUAUCAUGUGCACAUGAGCUGUGUCAAGACUUAGAAGAUGUAAAAAAGCAAAAGAGACUCUUUCUUGAACGAGCAAACUUGCGAAAUCGAAGUCGCAUUUGAAGUGAGGGUAGUCGAUUGAUCAGAUCGAGUAGAAAUAAUAUUCAGAAGAUUUCUUGUUUUUGAUAUUUUCUCAAUUAUUUUCAAUGAUAACUGAUGUAACAAAAUUAUUUUAUCAACGGAAAACGUGAGCGAAAUCCCACAAAUGCAAGAAUUUUUGUCGGAACUUUUUGUUUAUGGAAAUCGAAGAAUAGAAGUUCACAAUAAAUAAAAAAGAUUCAGUUAUUUUACCUAGUAAAGGACGAUAAACUCAUCGACCAUUUUGCUCUUUUUCAGCGCGCAAAACUGAAAAAAUUUGUAGACAAACCCAAUUAUUCCCAAGCUCUUGUUUAAAAAAGUUCGAUUCAAACAUUUAUCUGAUGUGUAAAGUAGUCGCAAAACUCGAAUUCAGAAGAUUUUUUGAAUUAGAUGAUUUUCUCAGCUUCUAGAACUUCAGAUACCUAGCCAAAAAGAAUAAAGGGCUAGUGCACUUCUUAGCAACCGAUAGAGCACUUCUGAGAUCUUUUUGGAUAGUUUUUUAUUGAUUUUAACUUUGUUUGUACUGAAAAUAAAAAAUAUAAAAGUUCAUCUCGAAGUUAGUGAAUCAAUGGAGGUUGAAGCAACCUUGAGCAGGAUUAGUGUCGCUAAUGUGUUAAGAUGUAGAUGAAUAAACUUUUUUCCAUAAAUUCACUUGAAAUGAUUCUCUAAUCAAUAUUAUGAUUAUCGGCUUCCUUUUUCAGAUAGGCCAAGUACAGUCCGAGCUCGAAAACGUUGUCGAGCGAUGUGACGAGGAAUGGAGCCAAGAUGCGCUGCGGCUGCGAGCUGAACUGGCCGCCAUUCACGGCAGCUUUUUCCAACUCGAGUUUGACAGGCUCAAUGAGAAGUUGGUUUUUGAAAAAUAAUCGUUGUUCUUUCUCAAAUUAGUUGGAGUUUGCAAUCGUGUAAUAGGGAAUGAGUAUAACCCAAGCUUAAAAUGUUUGAAAGUUGCAUGGAUUUUUUUUCUGUAAGUUAGAAAAAAUUGAUUAGGAGAAAGUCGUAUGAGAAAAAAAAAGAUUUAGUAGAUUAAAGUUGGAUAUUUUGAUUCGUUGUCUACUGUUUUUAAUGGUAAUUUUGUUCUUGUUCCGGUUUUUCCGAGUUUUUGAUGUUUAUUUAUAUCUUUGAUUAGGAAUGCAACUAUUGAAAAAGAUCUUACGCAUGUAUAUGUAUAAUUGCAUAAUUCUUUCAUAGUCUUAUAUUUCGAACGGAUAGGUUUUGAUACGUUUUUCCACAUAUAAAAUAUGUGUUAGUAUGCUUGGAAUACUCGCACUUGAUUUCUGAGCCCUACGGUUCUGAGCCCUAAAAAAUUCUCGUUCGGUCCUAAAGGAAAAGUUUCAGGUUGAACCUGUUGAUAUACGAGAAAGACAAACUGAGAGAGUUGAUAGCGCACAGACGCAAGUUCCUCUCGGCAGCAACAGAAUUCAUCACCGACUCCAAAAUCGACAUCACAGACACAGCCACCUCCAACGAUCCCAACUCGGACUUCAGACGCGCCGUACGUCUCUCUUAUGUUUGCUUUCAUACGAUCCCGACUUACAGACCGACGAGGCGUGUGCUGCUCUUGAGUAUAAAAGGCAAGUAUUGCAAAGACUUGGCGAGCUUGCGGAUAUGUCCAUUACGGAUCUGAACGCUGUCGCCGCUCUCCGAGAUUUCCGUCAAAGACAACUCGGAAGUGUGAGUAUUGUUCGCUUAUUUUGAAUUUGUUUCAAAACUUUGCAAUCCCUUGAACAACCGAAAUAUUUUCAGAGCGCUGAGCCACCGUUCGAUAGUUUAGAAAAGGAACUCACAGACAUGCUCAAGACCCCACUACCAAAUACAGAAAAUCCGCAGGAACUGCUCGUUACAAUCCUCCGCAUGAAGGAACAAAAGAAAGAAGAGACCAAACUUGUCGGUGAAAUCGUCGAUUUACCGCUGACUGAGGCACAGCGGCAAAUCUUGGAACCUCUUCAAGCGCUUCACGAGAAACGCAACUCUCAACGGGAACAAAUUCUCGAAAAGCUUGUUUUGCGUCAUCUUGACUGGCUCAAUAAACGAUUCAUGGAUCACGAAGACGAAGUCACAAUGCUGGUGCAAUUGUCACGCGGCGAAGAGCUGCGGGCGACGACAUCCUGUGACGGACCUUGGACCCAAUGGAAAGACGACGUCGCACAGCUUGAACGAGUCGUUGGCGUUCACAUACGUAGUCAACUUCACGCCGAGUUCGCCGACGUACAUCGGAAACGCGACUCGUUGGACUCGAAAAUAGCCAAGUUCUUGUCUCAUUCCGAGAAGCUAGAAGCAAAACUCGCGCAAUUCUCCCAAUGGCUCAAGCUGAUGAACGAGGACAUUGAGAAGACCAGAUCGUCCGUAGAUGAGCCGGAAAAGUCACGACAGCUAACGACACUGUGGGCGAUCGCCCAGAAGAAACAACGCUUAGUGGAGAAGCUGGAGAGACUGAACGUAGCGAACAAAGAGGAAGUGCUGCGCCUCUGCCAACGCUACCACGCUAUCAUGCAAAUCCUUUCUCCUUACCAGUCGACGACUGGCAUUCCUUUGCACGCCUCCACCCACCUCCUCACUAGCCCCUUCCAAUCUCAGGUACGGCUGCUCAUAAAUCUUGAAGCCAAACUCGAAGAUUUUCAGAUAUCAGUCAGUUCCCUCGCAUCAUCUGAGUUGGAGAGACCCGAAUCGGUCCUUUCGCUGUCUUCUUCCGUCGACGUUACGACUACGUCGGAUCCAGACGCAAAUCCAUUCGAAAGCAAAUAUAACAUAAUUUCACAAAAAAUUAACACCAUCGAACAAUCUUAUCUUAACGGUCCGAAACCUCUCCAGCGGGUGCUGUCAGAUGUUCGAAAAUUAGAGGUUCGAAGAGUUCGAAGUCGGUUUUUUGAUAUGUUUCAACAUUUAGCGCUAUCACCAAAAGUGCCAAAAAAUUCUACUGGACCUGUCACGUCAAGAGGACGAAGACAACACGACUCUUGAGUCGACAAAACACAAAUUCAUGCUAUUAACUUCGCAAUACAAGGUCGGUUGAUUCACUCUUUUCUAUUAACUUUUUCUUUUCAGACCUUCAUCGAAAAACUUUCUUCCGAAGUGAAGGAAGAGAGGGAACUGCGGGAUAAACAAGAAGAAAUUCUCAAUAAACUGUCGACUACCGAAGAGAAUUUGCAAAACUCGGACAUUGAUGCGAUCGACGUUGCAGCAGAGUUGGACGGCAUUCAGAUGCAAAUGGAUCUCCUCAAGGUCAUUUGCAACAAACCAAGAACCUACGUCGAAUGCGAGCUGGUGGAGAGCAGCCGUGAAAACUCGCCAUUGGACAGACGACAUCGACGGAAGAAAGUGCUGGUGAUGGUGUCCAACACUGUCACCACUAUAAUCAGCGUCGUCGAACAACGUCUUCUCUCAAUCGCUGCCGCCACUUCUCAACAACGCAUUCAGGAGAAAAUCGAUGUUGUUAAGGUUUUUCUUGUUAUCAAACAGACAAUCCAAGAAAAAGUUUCAGACGAAUCUACGCGAACUGGACACAUCAUCAACGGCCAAGGAAGAUGCACUCAGCAUUCUAUCCCCUGUUUCCGCGGAAGAGAAGAAAGACAUCGCCGAAGUCCACCGUCUUGCUGGGGAACUGAAACAAGCGUUGGAAGCGUCGGCGAGCAUCGCAUCGGAAACCCCGCAAGAUCAGGAAUCUCUCCGCGCCGCCAUCGAUCUCCUGAAAGAACAACAUCCUACUCUCAACCAUCUCUCUGACGUUGUUGAAGCUAUCCCUAUACAAAAUGAGAACGAAAAAGUGGAAGCCGUCGACAUAUUCAGUGGACUGAAAGAGGAAUUCGAGAACACACAAGCUGAUCUCGAACAGCAGAUGGAGGAUGCUUUCCAUAGUGAAUGGGAGCACGUCCAAAUCCCAGAAACACAAGAGGUGAGCUUUUUUUUUUGUUGAAAAGCCCAUUGUCGAAAAAAACACAAUGCGUGUUUUGUUGAUGGAGUUGGAAUAUUAUUUCUCACGAAAAGCCGUAUUCCAGCUUUAUUUUUUUAUAUUGAUUCGUGAAACUUUGUUUUUGAUUUAUCAAGAUACUUCAAAUUAAGAGCUAGUGUGGGAAAAAGAAACGGAUCAAAAAAAGGACAAUAAAAUUGAGAAAGAAAUAAAUGAGAUGUUUCAACAUAUUUAAUAGGAACUUGAAGAAACUGAAGAUUUGAUUUGAUUCUUUAAUUUCUCGACAAUAUAACCCAAUAAUUCCACUUUACAGGAAGAAGAAACGAAAGGAGAGACCUCAGACGGAGAGAAAAUCUCUCAGAUUUUGAAGCUUUCCACGGAACUCACAGCUGCGGUCGAGAAAGUUCCGAACGAAGCAAACAGCGAGACGCAACUUGUUGAAAAUCUCGAAUUUCUCCACAGUCGUGAACAUCUCCUCGACAGCAUUUACAGUCUGUAUGAUGCCAUCCCUGAGCAAAACACCCAAGAAAAAGCGGACGCUAUGGAAAUCAUCAGUUCUGCACAAGAGAAGUUCAACAAUGCCAAGAUAGACCUUCAAGACCAACUCGAUGAACAAACCGCUGUCAAAAAUAUUGAAGAAGAUGUGGCCAAUGAACAGGUAUGUUAUCUCGUCUAUCAAAAUUUCUAGUAUCAAUUAUUACAGAAGCUUGCUCUAAUUCAUCGACUUGCACAAACAGUGGAUGAUGCCAUUGAUGAAUCGGAGAAAAUCAAUGAAACAAACGAAAACGAAGAAGCUGCGCUGCAGAAGGCUUUGGACCUUUUGACCAGCAAAAAGGAUGAAAUACAAGAAAUGUUCGAUGCACUUGACAGUAUCCCCAAUGAGAGCGAGAACGAGAAAUUGCAAGCCACUGAGCAAUUGUCGCGCGUCCAAGAACGACUCCUGAACGCGACAUCCGAUGUCCAAGGCCGAUUGGAGAAACUCGAAGCGGAAGAUCAGUGGGAGAAAGUCGUUCUGCCUUCUCGUCCUGAGGUAUUUGUUAAAUUUUUUUCUUGAGAGAUGAAUUUGGUUUUAGGAAGUGGAGGAGAAAAUUGAGAUUGACACUGAUCCAUCGCAAAUAGACAACUUCCAAGUGCGAAGCGACAAGAAAAUAGAACCGGCUCUCAAACUGGAAGCGCUUAUCGAGCAACUUCAAAAAGCUGUUAACGAGGCUGAAAACCUGGUGACAGAAAGCAGCGUUGACUCUCUACAAGCAGCGAGCGAGAAGCUCACCAAACAAGAAGCGGCGAUGCGCGAAAUCCGUGACAUCAUCUCCAGACCUGGCGACAGUCCUGCACUUCAACAACAGAAACUGCAAGCCGAAAAGUCGUUUGCUGCUGUGGAGCGACAGUUCCAGAAUGCGCAGUCCAAACUUAAUGUUCAAAUCGACGAGUUGAAUUAUGGACGAGCUCCCAACCUGAAUACGGUGAGUUGAAAAAAAAGUUGAGAUUAACUUGACAUUAUAUUGCAGCCUGACGAUCGAGACUCCGAAGACUUAUCGCCACAUCUGCUUGAAAUACAGAACUCAAUCACAAAAGCACUGGAGAUGGUUGCACUGAGCAGUGAUAACAAAAAGCGAUUACUGGAAGCAAGAGCUGAACUGGAAAAAGUCGAACCCUUGAUCAAUACCUUGCAAGGAAAACUACCCCAAAGCUCAAGCUCAACCGAAGUCAUCGAAACGUUAGAAAGUUUGAAGAAUACUUAUCUUUAUGCUCUUUCUGACAUCAACAGCCAGAUAGACGAUCAGGUAAUAAAAACUUGUAGAACAUAAUUGAAAAUUUGAUUCAGGAAGCUUUCGAAAAACAACUCGAAGAACAGCAAGAGCGCACUUUGCAACUACAAAACGUCAUCAAACAACUUCAAGAGGCUCCCAUCAGCGACCUCGACACAAACGAGCUUCAGAGCAUCGAAAUGAAGCUCAGCAAGCUACCUUCUACUUCCGCGGAGCCUCUCCGACAACAGGUUGUAGCUUUACGGGUCGCGAAAAACACUCAAGAUCGAUUGGAUCAACUGGAAGUUACACCUCUCGAAGAAGUUGACCCUCAAGAGCUGAUCGACCUGAGCCAUAAACUCGAUUUGCUGACGCCUGACCAAGCAUCCGCAGUCCAAGCCAAGAUCCAGAGCCUUCAAGAGGCCAAACAGCUGCACGAGGACACGAAAAAGCUCUGCACGGAGACGUUCUGGCUCUUGAGAAGGAUGUCGACAGUUUCCUCGUUUCAGAGCCAGCGGUUGCCAAGUCGAAGAAGGGCAAGAAAGGCAAGAAGGAGCCAACUGCAUUGACCGUUGAAGACGUCGAACAAAAACUCGCCGACGCCAAUCUGCUCGUUUCAAGAAUCGAAGAAUUGGCGAGCAACCCACAGCUCAGCUCGGAAGACAAACUCAAAGUCGAAGAUUUCCGUCAACGGGUCAACAGUUCCGCCGAUGACAAGCGAAACGUCCUCGCCUCGAUGCUAGACGACUUACAAAAGCACGCGAAGGCCAGUGAAACGAUGAAGCGGCUUUCUGAAGCGCUGGAAAGAACUGAAACUGCGCUGGAGACCAUCCCACAGACGACUGUCGCAAUCACCGAUUUCAAGGGAAGCGAUGCUGCCGCAUUUGACAAAGCCUCCUGGAAGAGGUUUCCGUUGUGCCACAAGACCUUGAACCAACCGCCAACGAACUUCGAACGCGAGUAGCUACCUUGGAAGGAGCUGUCAACAGCAAACUCGAUGACGCCGUCGCAGAGCAGCAGCGCCUUGACCAACUCAACAGGUCGCUGGAUGAACUGAGCUCCAUCUUGGACUCAGUUGUUCCCAAAUACGAGAAUCCGCAAAAAGCUGGAAGUGGCUAG